UAAUAUCCAAGUAGAAGUUAACUCUAUAGCAGAAAAUGAAGAACUGACAAGAAAUAUUGAUGCAGCAGAAAACUGUUCAAAAAAGCGACAGAAAAGGCGAACCAAAGUAACAAGAGAUGAAGUCUCAAUUAUAAAAAGACUUAGAAGCUUAGAAGACUCUUUAGUAGAUAAUGAAGUUGCAUCAACAA